UUAUUUCUACAUUCAUUUGUCUCACUGAAUAGAAAAACAAUUGUCAAUUUGCAUAGGUAGACUGUACAUUUUUUCAAUGACAAAUAUGGUUACGAAUGGAAAUGUGUCUCUGGCAAAGGAUACGUUGUGUACAAUCUAGCUCUGGUCCAGGGCAUUACUGCGCCUUGUAAACUGAGCAUUCUGGAUCGGGCCAAAAUACGAAAUCCAUGUGUAUUGACUGAAUUCAAUGUAGGCUACAAAGUAAAAAGGAAAGAUGUUGCUCGAGUGUUGAAUAACUGCUAUCUGUAGGCUAUGUGCCAGCUGCUAUUUAAAAAAAAUAUGACUUAUUUUGAGGGCAUUUUGUUUACUGCCUUUUUGUUUUGUGUCCUACAGCAUUGAACACAUGCGCCUGAAUCGGUUAGUCUAGCAGUUACCUAAAGUAUUUUAACUUCGUAUUAUAUUUCCUGAGCCUUGCCAACAUGUCAUGCGAAAUCUAAAUGGGCCACUCUGUCACAAACCAGCCCAUCAUUUCAGAUAAAUCUAGGUCCGAUGGUAUGGCAAAGAGACGGGAUGGGAUUUGUAUAAAAUUGAAGCUCACUUAUUUAUUUUUUUACACAAAUUAAAAACAGUUAAAAUCGAAAUUUGGAGAAAGGUAAAAACAAGCAACAGUGACUCCAGCCAUGAUCACCUUGUUGCUGUAGUUUCAUUCACGUCAGACAAUAUGGGAUUUAAAGGGACAAUCUACCCCAGAGGUGUCCUCAUGGUCCUCAAGCCAGCCAUACAGACACUCUUCUGCCAUCUCGCUCCCAGGUGUCCUCAUGGUCCUCAAGCCAGCCAUACAGACACUCUUCUGCCAUACCGCUCCCAGGUGUCCUCAUGGUCCUCAAGCCAGCCAUACAGACACUCUUCUGCCAUACCGCUCCCAGGUGUCCUCAUGGUCCUCAAGCCAGCCAUACAGACACUCUUCUGCCAUCCCGCUCCCAGGUGUCCUCAUGGUCCUCAAGCCAGCCAUACAGACACUCUUCUGCCAUACCGCUCCCAGGUGUCCUCAUGGUCCUCAAGCCAGCCAUACAGACACUCUUCUGCCAUACCGCUCCCAGGUGUCCUCAUGGUCCUCAAGCCAGCCAUACAGACACUCUUCUGCCAUCCCGCUCCCAGGUGUCCUCAUGGUCCUCAAGCCAGCCAUACAGACACUCUUCUGCCAUACCGCUCCCAGGUGUCCUCAUGGUCCUCAAGCCAGCCAUACAGACACUCUUCUGCCAUCCCGCUCCCAGGUGUCCUCAUGGUCCUCAAGCCAGCCAUACAGACACUCUUCUGCCAUCCCGCUCCCAGGUGUCCUCAUGGUCCUCAAGCCAGCCAUACAGACACUCUUCUGCCAUCCCGCUCCCAGGUGUCCUCAUGGUCCUCAAGCCAGCCAUACAGACACUCUUCUGCCAUCUCGCUCCCAGGUGUCCUCAUGGUCCUCAAGUCAGCCCUCUAAUACCGCUAAAC